AUGGGCAAAAUGAAUCAGACGCAGAGUCCUAGCGAGGAAUCAGCAACAGAUGUACUCAUCGUUGGCGCCGGGCCCUCGGGCUUGAUGGCCGCAUAUUGGAUGGCCCGUUGUGGCAUCCGCGCCCGAGUUAUUGACAAGCGCGGAACAAAAGUGUUCACUGGCCAGGCGGACGGCCUGCGGGUUCGGACCUUGGAGCUCUUCGAUAGCAUCGGCUUCCAGCAUCGGGUCCAGCAGGAGGGUCAUGUGGCUGUCGAGGCCAAUUUCUGGGUUCCUGGGCCGAAUGGGAACCUGAUUCGACAAGGGCCCCAUUGUAGCUCCAAGGUUAACGAGUCGCCGUUCCGCAACAUGCUCUUAAAUCAAGGCCGCAUUGAGCGGUUCCUGCUAGACAGUAUGCGACAGCACUCGGAUCUCGAGGUGGAGCGAGGCGUGAUUGCCGAGUCUCUCGAGUACAACGACGAAUUGGAAGGGGAUCCCGAUGCGUAUCCGAUUACCGUCAAGCUGCGGACACUCGACGAGGAAGAGGCGAAUCCAUCGAGCAUCUCUCAGAAAGGCGACGGAUCAAACCAUUUGAACAGCGGGUUCAAGCGGAGCAGCCUUCUGCCGGACGACUGGGAUGAUUUGAUUCGAGAGUCUCGGCGAAAACAGACCAAAACAGAGAUCGUCAAGGCCAAAUAUCUGAUCGGCUGCGAUGGAGCCCACAGCUGGACGAGGAAACAAGUGAAUAUCCCGCUGGUAGGAUCAAGCACAGACCAUAUAUGGGGGGUGAUUGACGUGGUCCCCAUCAGCGACUUCCCGGACAUGCGCCGUCUGGGAACGGUAACCCAUGCAUCAGGCACAAUCCUCGUCAUUCCACGCGAAAGACAGCUCGUCCGCCUCUACGUGCCGGUCCAAGUCGUCGAAGAUGCUGCGACCAACAGCCGUCAUGACCGGUCCUCGAUUACCUUGGCCAUGAUCAAGAAGCGUGUCCAGGAAAUCUUCACGCCGUACAAAUUCGAUUUCCAAAUAUGUGACUGGUGGACUGCGUACCAGGUCGGGCAGCGCAUCGCGCCGACUUUCACCAAAGGCAAUCGGGUGUUCCUCGCUGGCGACGCGGUGCACACACACUCGCCAAAGGUUGGCCUCGGUAUGAAUAUGAGCAUGCAGGACGGUUUCAACAUUGGCUGGAAAGUUGCCCUGGUUGCAGCUGGAGUGGCGAAACCGUCUAUCCUGAGCACCUACGACGCUGAGAGACACCGGCUGGCGGAGAUGCUGCUCGAUUUUGAUCGCCACUGGUCGGGGCUCUUCACCGAGGAGAAGAGCGACAAGACAGAGAGAAUGAUUAAAGUGGUAGAACUGUUUGAAGAUUUCGCUGAUGGGCGGAGAUCGUUCUAUGGUGCCAGUUCGCUGGUCUGGAAGCCCGAGGGCGAGACCGGACCGCAAUUUGCCCGUCAUUUGGUUCCUGGGGAGCGCUUCCCACCGUUUAAGCUGCGAAUGCAGGCUGAUGGAAAUGUUCGAUGGACGACUAGGCUCUUUGAGAGCGAUGGGAGAAUGAAAAUUGUGGUCCUAGCGGGCGACCUCCAUAACAUCAGGCAGAAGGAACGGCUUCAGCAGUUCCUGAAGUCCUUUCAUGGCGAGGAAAAACAGGGAAGAACCUCCAUUUUAAAACGCUACAUGCCAAUUUACGGAGACUUUGACCCGGUCGAUAUCCUAGCUAUUCACAGCGCCCCGUGGGCAGAAUCUGAGUUUUUCGAUUUUCCGGAGGUCCUGCGACCUUUUGACCCAGUCAGAGGGUGGAAUUAUGACAAGAUCUGGUGUGAUGACGACUGCGUCUGGGAUAGAGAUUGCGACGGCAAGGGGUAUGAAAGGUGGGGAGUUGAUCGUGUGCAAGGCGCCGUUUUGAUUCUUCGACCGGAUCAGUAUAUUGGCUGGGUUGGCCAACUGGAGGACAUGGAUGAGAUGACUCGUUAUUUGGACGGCGUUUUGAUCCCAAAGAAGAGACCGGAAAAAUGA